AGCCCUUUUUUUCGGCUCGACGGGGGCGGGGCGACUUUUGGGGCAUCAUGGCUGAUAGAUACGGAGCCCAAGAAGAAGGUCCACCAAAUCGGAGGCGCUCCCGGCGGAUGCGCUCGGCCGCGGUGCUCUCCUGUGGUGCUGCAGCGUCCGCCUUUGUGCUGCCAGGCUUUUCAGUGUCCGGCAAGCCAGCCAAUGCUGGUGAGGCCUCCGCACCGGUGCCGUCUAUGACGCCCCCGGUGUCCCGGAUGGGGAUGCCCCUGGCCGCUUCCGUGGUGGGCUUGGCCGUGGCCAUGCGCAAGAGGAAUGCUGGCGCUGUGGCGCGGAAAGGCCUCUUCGACGGCAUGGAGGCUGGCUUGGAGCGGAAGCUGCAGGAACAGCUGCAGAGGCGCAGCUCCCAGGCUGCACAGAUUGAGAAGGGCGCGGAAGACCUGAAGCGGAAGAUGGAGGAGCAGCUUGAAGUUGAGCGCCGUGUGGGGGAAGAGCUGCGAAUGCAGAUCUCGGUGCUGCAGGAGAUCUACACGGAGGUCAACGACAAGCUGGAGAUGUCGCAGAUUGCGCAGCAGAAGAUGCAGGCCAGCCGCAACGAGCUGCUCACCGAGGUGCAGAAGCUCGAGGAGCGGCUCAUGCAAGCCGAUGCUGAAAGCAUCCAGCGGCAGGUUGACUUGGAGGGUGACAUCAAGCAGAAAGAGGAGAAAAUCGCCAUGCUGGAGCGACAGAAAGAUACCCUCAAGGAGAACUUGAGGCAGAUGGGAAAGCAGGUGAAGGCCGACCGUGAGGUGGCAGAAGCCAAGGAGGGUGCCCUCCAGACGCAGCUCAACCAGAUUGAGGCUCAGCUGAAAGUCACCACCGAUGCGACUGAGCAGGCGAAGGGCGAGCUGCGGAGCUCCAAGGCCCAGCUCGAGAGCCUCAACGUCAAGGUGGGUGAGCUGGACAAGGCGCUGCAGACGGCGCGCACCAAGGAGCAGCAGCUCUCCCAGCAGCUCCAGGCGGCGUCGGUGGAAGUGAAGCGCCUGCAGAGCGAGCAGAAGGUCCUCGAGGCGGACAUCUCGGACGCUCUGACGCGCGAGAGGAACCUGGCGGUGAUGCUGGCGCAGGUGCAGAGCAAGAACCAGUUCCUGGAGGACCGGCUCCCGAAGAUGGAGGAAGAGAACAAGAAGCUGAUCCGCCGCGUGAACCUCCUAGAGAAGGUGGCCCAGAACGAGCAGAUCUACUCUUCCAAGCUCUCGGAGUCGCACUCGGAGAACGAGAGAUUGGCCAAGGAGCUGCAGCAAUUGGAGGCGAACCUGUCGGCGAAGGACAAGGAGACCUCAAAGCUUGCGAGCGACCUCCGCGUCUUCCAGGAGAAGACUCGCGCGGCCACGGUGCAAGCUCAGACCUUCGAAGCCAAGGCCCAGGAGUUGGCGCGGGCCGCGGAGUCGCGCACCGCCACCAUCGAGGCGGAGAUCGCGGAGGCGAAGCGGGUCACUGCCAAGGCGCAGGAGGAGGCGGCCCAGGCGAAGCGACUGGUGGAGGAAGCCAAGCUGGCUGAGCUGAGGGCUGUGGAGGAGGCGCGCUCUGCCACGGCGGAAAAGGCCGCGGGGCUCUUCGCGGAGGCGCAGGCGGCCCAGGAGCGCGUGCGCCAGGCCCUGGAAGCGCAGGCCAGGGCGGCACAGGAGGCCGCCCAAGCGCAGCGGGCCGCGGAAGAACUGCAGGCCAAGGCGACGAACAGCUGGCAGCUGCCCUGGCAAAAGACAGCGUGAGGCGCUCUGAGCGCGUUGCACCCGGCAGAGCAGGCCCCAAAAAGGGAAAGUCACAACAGUACCCUCUCUCCGACA